UUGCACAAAUAAUUCGCUAUAGCAGACAUUCAUUUUCGUCUUUCGUACUCUUCAGUUCGUUUGAAAGAAUAAAAAUUAAAAAUUACAUUUAUCCAUCCAAAUUUUGAACUAUGAUGACCGAGUCGGAACUUUCCGAUUUACAAGCACAACAUUUUCGUGAAAUGUUUGAAAUGUUUGACCGUGAUGGCAGUGGAUCGAUCUCGACGACCGAGCUAGGUGAUCUGAUGCGCGUACUAGGUCUGAACCCAACAAUGGCUGAACUGGAGCAAAUGGUUUACGAAGUCGAUGCCGAUGGAAAUGGGCGCAUUGAGUGGGAAGAGUUUGUGGCCCUGAUGAAAAUGAAAUCGCGCGAACCCGUCGAUGAGAAAGAACUGUACGCAGCAUUUAAAGUGUUCGACAAGAACGGUGACGGGUUCCUGUCGGUAGAGGAGCUAUCGGAUGUAAUGCAAAAUUUUGGAGAACGCUUGACACCGAAGGAAUUGCAAGAUCUGCUAGCUGAGGCCGAUAUCGAUGGAGAUGGCAGAAUUAACUACGAAGAAUUUGUUUACAUGUUGAUGAAAUAAAGUAAAUAGAUAACAACGAA